AUGUUGCUGCCGCCUCAGAAGAGUAUGUCUCUGGCUCUCGCCUUGAGAGCCAUCACCGGCGCAGCCGCAAUUGAAUGUUAUACCCGUGACGGGAAGUCUUACACUGAGUCGCGAUUCUACAAUGCCACUGAGCAAGGGGAGCCCUUUCUCUGCGGGGAGGGGCCCGGAAUGUGCUGCUUCGAGAACCAAACUUGCGAGGACGGCAUCUUCUGCCGUGGUAAGGACGGUGACAGAGACAGAUUUACCCGCGAGAUGUGCUCCGAUAAAGAAUGGCCUCCUGAACAUUGCUCGGCAUUGUGUCCUCAUAAUAGGGAGGCAGGGUCGGAGGUGUCGUUUUGCAAUGCCGCCCAUACAAUGGUGUGUUGCGGCGGCUCCGAUAUUCGGGACGAGUGUUGCGGCAAUGAAGACUACGCCCAGAUUGACGACAAAGGCAUUAUCAUCGCCUUUGGAUCGAAUACCAUCCCACCUAUGCCGCGCGCCACAGUCACCGCGAUACCUUCCAGUGUAGACCCGGGGCCCGAGAAAACCAAGUUGGGUGUCGGUCUGGGGGUUGGGCUAGGAAUUCCAUUGCUACUGAUGUGCGCCACGGCGCUGUUAUUUUUCCUGCGAUACCGACGACUACGGUCCAAUGCAGCUCCCCUCCCCGAAUAUCCGCCAACCAAAGAAACCGGACCUCCUCUCUCCGCCCCUGCAAUAUCCACGAAGCCACCGGCCCAACUCGACGGCAAGCACAUGCGACCAGAGCUAGCCACGACCGAGCAUUUGGUACAAGAAUUACAGUAA